CGAAGGCCUGCUGGGAAAUGGAGUUUCUUCGCCCCGCGCCUCACUCGACGGGAAGGCCGAAGGGGCAAAACGCGUUCUCCGCGCGGAUUGGUCGGCGCGGGGGCAGCAUGGCGGCGCCCGGGGCAACGCGCUGAGAGAGGAAGCGGUUUUACCAGAACGUGAGCAUCUCACAAGGAGAAGGUGAGUGCAGCUGCUGGGACAGGUGAGGGCUGGUACUUGUGCAAGGGGUUUUCACCGCAAGGCAAUGGCAUGCCUGCAACCCCUGUUGUGCAAGUGGACUGUUUGUCACCAGCAUUCUUUGUCCUUUCCUUAUCUGUAGCAAAACCAUGUGGUGGGAAAGUUUCCAGCAUCAUUUGGGGAAGAGCAAUGUCAAAAUGUUGAUAAUAGUAGGAAACUUGCUGACUCCAUGCUCACUUCAGCUCCAGCUCUGAGCGUGCUCCCUCUAUGGGGUUGUCUGUUGUUCCUUAGUGCCUGCUCCUCUUUAAUUCCCCAGGAUUUCUACUCUGAUUCCCCAGGAGGCUUUGAAAUCAACCUGGACCACCGGAAGCUGAAAACACCCCAGGCCAAGCUCUUCACUGUCCCCAGUGAGGCCUUGGCCAUUGCAGUGGCAACAGAAUGGGACUCUCAGAAAGACACCAUCAAGUUCUACACUAUGCAUCUGACCACACUGUGCAACACAGCUCUGGACAAUCCCACCCAGCGAAGCAAAGUGCAGCUGAUUGGUGCAGCUGUGAAGUUCCUGGAGACUGACACUCUCUGCUAUCGUGUGGAGGAGCCGGCUGCCUUGGCAGAGCUGCAGAAGAAAGAAUGGGAUCCUAUUGUUGCCUGGGCUGAGAAAAGGUACAACGUGGCAAUCGGGUCCUCUACCAGCAUCAUGGGACCGAACAUCCCAGCCAGCACCAGGGACACCUUCAUCAGUCACCUGGCCUCCUACAACAUGUGGGCUCUGCAAGGUAUAGAAUAUGUAAUCACCCAGCUGAAAUCUCUGAUUCUGUCCAUGGGCCUGAUUGACAGGCACAUUACAGUAGAGAAAGCCGUGCUUCUGUCUCGGCUGGAGGAAGAAUACCAGAUUCAGCGGUGGGGCAACGUGGAGUGGGCCCAUGACUAUGAUCUGUGUGAGCUGCGUGCUCGUGCGGCAGCUGGGACUCUUUUUGUUCAUCUCUGUUCAGAGAGCUCGACUGUAAAACACAAGCUGUUGCAGGACUAAGACUGCGGGACUGGGUGGAGGAGGAAGAUGCCCAGCUGUGAAUUGCUGCCGUGACUCAGAGAGGGUAACCACCAUUCUGCCACCACAGCUUGUCUGGGAUCGGCCUUGUGCUGAGGAACUGCAGCUUUGUGGGCAGCUCCUUGCUGCAGUGCAGCGCCAGCAGUUUUGAGCCCACGAGGAGGAAAGGUCAAGGUGAGCUCCCUCUGCAUAUUCAAGGCAGCAGCGCUGUCCAUUACCGAUGUCUGUAAUUCAUCAGAGGAGCUCCCUUGAAAGAAACAGCUUCCUGGGCAGGGCACGGCACAGACACACCUAGCAUAUGCCACAUGUCUUCAUAGCUGCCAGCUCCUGACACACACUUGUUAUGGAAAUCUGAAAACAGACUCCGUUGCAUCUGUUCUUCAUCCCGCAGUGUGCCUGUAUGUAACACCAGGGUCUCUCUGUUUGAUUAAAGGCACGCCUCUGCAAGAUACUGAAAGCUAA